GCUAUAAAGGCGAGCUGCUGUCGGGUCGGAGCAUCAGCUGGAGCUCUCCACCAACACAAAGAGGAGCUUCAGUCACCCAUUGAGCCGUCUGUCAUGAUGUCCACAGUCGUUGUUGCUCUGCUGAUGGCUGCUCUGUCAGUGGAGGCCCACACCAGCGGCAGUUUCAAGUCAACCCUCUACAGUGAAGGUCACAGCAUACUGAAAGUCCUGAGAGAAAUGAGCCAUCAGUUUCCAUCAGCCAGGAAUUCAUGGAUUCCCCAUGCAGCUGAUGGAGGAUGGUGGAUCACAAAAAUCUCCCCAAAGACCAGAAACAAACGUCAAGAUGUUUCCUCAUACAACCUCAACUCCUUUGGUCUUCGUUACGGAAAAUGACACAGAACAUGGUUUCUGAUAUUUCUGCUCUUUUGGACACAACUUUUCAUCCUUCUGAUUUUGUAUCUUUAUAGCUGAAGAAAAAACUGUAUUAAUAAUCAAUAAACAUGCAGUUACAGAUCA